UUUAUUUAUUUGUAAAAUAAAAAUCCUCUUCCAAAAAUUUCACAAAAAACACGUUUUUUUUCAAACUUUAAGUUGAGUAUUACCUCAUAAAUCCGAGAAUUUUCGAUCACAUGAAAGUCUUUUUUAUAAUAUAUAUAAUUUUUAUAGUGAUUUAUAUAUGCAGAAAAAUUACCUGAACUUAUUUUUAAAGUUAUCAAAAAUGUAUUAUUUUCGUAAAUUUUGUAUUAAUAAUUCUUAAAUGUUUUAAAAUUAGUUGCAAAUGCAACUUUGGGCGCAAAUAUCUGCAAAUGUACGAGUCUAUAUCCUUAGCGUAUAUCUCUUCUAAUUGUCGAUGUUUCUAGUGAGUUGCAACAAAUACAUGGUGCAUAAAUAAUUUCGAAAUACAUAUAUGCACAUGCGUUACUGUAUUUAGCACAGCAGAGUUAAAUAAGCUUAAUGUAAUAAAAAUUUGUUCAUAUAUCUUUAUUUGUAUAUGUAGAUACAUAUGUAUACGCUUUAUGUGCAUUUCAAAUGUAAACAAACUGAUUUUUACAUUUAUGCAACAGACAAACGCGCGUAUUUCUUAAUUAUUGGCGAUGCUUGCAAACAGUUAUAUACCUAUGCGCUUAUUUAUAGGUGUGUACAUUUGCAACUUACCGGCUAUCAACUAUUCAUUCAAUCAUUCAUCCGCAUUUCGUCAUGUUGCAGCCAAUAUUUUGCCAUCAGGUCUACUAUCACCGCUCUUCUUUUUUCCACACUAGCCACUAAGAGUUCGUCUGUUCAACUCAUCUAUUUACGAAUAUUUAGCGCCCCGGGAGCAUAGCAACUUCUUAACUUUUCUCUUUCCUUCUUUCUCUUUUACAAAUAUUAUACAUAGAUACAUAUAUGGGCAGCGUGAAAAAAUCAUACUACCGCUGACACCUGUCCACCGCUGGCGUAAUGUUUGUGGUUAAGUCAUCACUCGUGCAACCACCGAACAUUACCACCGCCAGCCAGCGCUGGCUUUUAUAUUCUCUGCAACCGGCGCACUUGUCUUCAGUUGUUACUUUUGCAUUUAAGCGCAUAGUCCAUAGUCUCGGGAAGGAAAAUCAAGGAAAAUCAUUGUCGGCAACUAACUUUUCGUUAUACCGUGUAUUUGUGUUGUCGCGAAGUCUCAAUUAAAAACUGACAUUUAUCAAAUAUAAAAUAUUCUUCGCUAAAAUGCGUGCUAUAUUGCUUACAAUCAGCAUCCUCUGCCUUUUCGUAUUGAAUGUAUCAAGUGAUGAUAAAAACAAAGAACAGAGUAAAGCAGAGAUGUGGGAGCAAGAUUUAACAGACACCUUCAAAAUAGAAGGGUCAGAUCAGGGUAUACAAAAGGUCAAUCUCAAAUGCGGUUCCAAUUCUAUGAACGUUAUGCUGGAGACGGAGAAACCUUUUUCCGGCGUGAUGUAUACACGUGGAAGUUUUUAUAAACAAAGUGAACCUUGUUUUGUGAAGCCAAGUACACAAACUUCACGUACAUUGGAGAUGAAUUUCCAAUUGGACCAAUGUCAAACGCUGAAAAAUGGAGAACUCUAUUCUAAUAUUGUUGUCAUACAAAAUGAUCCCGAACUGAUUACACCUGGUGAUUCGGCAUUCUCGUUAGAAUGUGAUUUCCGUCAACCACGCAAUUUGGAUGUUGAAGCAAAUAUGCAAACUCGUGACAGAGUUGCGCGCGGUUCCAAAAUCACACUUACAAGUCCUGAUACUUCAACAGCAGCGUUCGACUCACGCAUUUCAUAUCAAAGUGACACAGACAGCGUGGAAUAUGUACCAAGGCAAGAAAAUGCAAAUGAUAAUCAAGGAGACGUGAUACAUGAAGCUGAGACGAUGCGCUUCGGCACGGUGGAGGAAGUCACAUACACGCUUGAGAAGGACGAGCUUUAAUAGAAUUAAUGGUUUAGGACUUCCAAUAAAUCUGAUAACAUAAAUCACUAAAAAUUCACUACAAAACAUGUACACAAAAGAAUUAUAUUUAUACACAAAACACUUCUUGUCCCAGUUCAAAUGGACGUAACGAAACAAAGGUGAAAUCGUGAAAUUCAAUUCGACAGCAUACGAUACUUUUUGGACAACACAAUUCCAAUUCAAUCAGUUUCCAUAUACAUUUUAAUUUCAUUUUAAAAUACAUAUGUUCAAGGUAAAGGAACUGUAAAUUAAUAUAAAUUCUGUGAUAUGUUUAAAGAUGAUUGGUCAGAAAUAUAAUAAAAUAUAUAAUUUCUUUUGAUUUA